CCGCUGAGAAAGAAACCUCUGAACUGUUCAUUAAUACAGUCAGGUAGAGGUUGAGACUCCACUGAAUAAACUCUAGGUUCCCAUUUCUUUCAGUCAGAUCCUCCCAGGGAAUCACUACAGGCCGGUUAGCCAAAAAGUCCUGGUUUUCUGCUCAAUAGAGGUCCUUACUGGAAGGCAGCAUGUCCAAUGUUACCUUGAGAAAAAUGUCUCCCACAGGAAAUGAGAUGAAGAGCACCACUCUGGGAACCACACGGAAGCAGCAGGAUUUUCAGGAGGUGAACAAAAGAAGAACUUUCUUACAGGAUAACAGUUGGAUAAAGAAACGCCCUGAAGAAGAAAAAGAUGAAAAUUAUGGUAGGGUGGUGCUCAACCGACAUAAUUCCCAUGAUGCAUUGGACAGGAAAGUAAAUGAGAGAGAUGUGUCAAAAGCUACAAUUAGUCGGUAUAGUUCUGAUGACACUUUGGACAGGAUCUCAGACAGAAAUGAUGCUGCUAAAACGUAUAAGGCCAAUACCUUGGAUAAACAACUAACCAAUAGGAGCAUGUCCAUGUUUAGAUCACCGGAAGUAACAAAGUUGCAACCUGGCGGUUCACUGAAUGCAAACACCUCCAACACCGUAGCAUCCACUUCUGCUACUACUCCUGUAAAGAAGAAGAGGCAGUCCUGGUUUCCACCGCCCCCUCCAGGUUACAAUGCCUCUUCAAGCACAGGAGCCAGGAGACGGGAACCAGGUGUUCACCCUCCAAUACCUCCAAAGCCCAGUUCUCCUGUUUCUUCUCCUAACCAGCUGAGACAGGAUAAUAGGCAGAUACAUCCACCUAAACCGGGUGUAUAUACAGAAACCAACAGAUCUGCUGAAAGAAAUAUAAGGAGCCAGGAUCUUGAUAACAUCGUCAAAGUGGCCACUUCACUUCAGAGAACUGACAAAGGUGAAGAAUUGGAUAAUCUCAUCAAAAUGAACAAAAGCUUGAAUAGGAAUCGAGGUCUUGAUGGUCUCUUCAGAGCAAAUCCAAAGGUAGACGAAAGAGAGAAAAGAGCCAAAAGCCUUGAAAGUCUCAUCUAUGUGAGUACCCGGACAGAUAAACAUGGCAAAGGAACCCAAAGCCUUGGAAGUCCAAUUAAAGUUAAUCAAAGGACUAACAAAAACGAGAAAGGAAGACAGGAUCUCGAAUCUGUUGUUAAAGUGAAUGCCAGGAUGAAUAAAACGAGCAGAAGAAGUGAAGACGUUGAUAAUGCUAUCAAAGUAAAUCCCAAAGGAAAUGAAAAUACCACUGGAAAACAAGACCUCGAUGGGCUUAUUAAAGUGGAUCCUGAAACAAAUAAAAAUAUUAGGAGGGGCCAGAGUCUUGACAAUCUCAUCAAAGUGACCCCUGAAGUAAACAGAAGUGACCAAGGUUCCAAAGACCUCAAUGACUUCAUCAAAGUGAAUCCAGGAACAGAAAAAAGUACUCAAGGGGGCCAAAGUCUCGACCGCCUCAUCAAAGUGGCUCCUGAAAGAAACACAACUAACCAAGGGAACCAAGACUUGGACAAUCUUAUCAAAGUGAUCCCUUCAGCAAACAAAAGUGAACAAGGUCUUGAUGAACACAUUAAUGUCAGCCCCAAAGUUGUCAAAAACACUGAUGGAAAACAAGAUCUUGAUAAACUCAUCAAAGUGAAUCCUGAAAUUUUCACAAACAACCAAAGAAACCAAGAUCUUGCUAACCUCAUCAAAGUAAAUCCUGCAGCAAUCAGAAACAAUCAGAGCAGCCAAGACUUGGACAAUCUUAUCAAAGUGAAACCUUCAGCUCUUACAAACACUAAUCGAGACCAGAACUUGGAAAAAUUAAUUGAAGUAAAUUCUCAUGUUUCUGAAAACAACAAUGUAAGGCUAGAUGCCCAAGUCAACGAGUUCACCAAUCCUCUGCACAACCAGUCCACAAGAAUUGCUUCCCAUUCUUAUGAAGCCAGGAACAAUCUCAGCACUAACACUGGAGCCAAGCAGGCAGGACCAAAGGAUACUGUUGUGUACACAAGGACAUAUGUGGAGAAUAGUAAAUCACCCAAGGAUGGAUAUCAGGAGAAUAUCUCCGGAAAAUACAUACAAACUGUUUAUUCAACUUCUGAUAGGUCUGUCAUUGAAAGAGAUAUGUGCACUUAUUGCCGAAAACCCUUGGGUGUAGAAACUAAAAUGAUUUUAGAUGAAUUACAAAUUUGCUGCCAUUCUACUUGCUUUAAGUGUGAAAUAUGCAAGCGGCCUUUGGAAAAUCUACAAGCGGGUGAUAGUAUUUGGAUUUAUAGACAGACAAUACACUGUGAACCUUGCUACUCUAAGAUUAUGGCAAAGUGGAUUCCAUAACUCUGGCACAAGGAAAUCAAGAUGAAAAGCACUCAUUAAGGAAUUAAAAGUUACAAGUUUUAUCUUAAUAAUAUGUAAUCUAGAAAAGCUUUCACAUUGAAGAUCAACUCUUGUACAAAAUUAAUAAUUCUGUUAUUGCAUAAGUAAUCUAAUUGUCUUCAAUAAGGUCACACACAUAAAAAGAGCCAUCUGGUCUCUGGUUAGAGUUAGCAAUAAAAAGUUCAAAUGGUUCCAGAUACCAAUGUCAAAGGAAUGAUGCUUCUGAUAGGCAGUGAGCAUUACACUCCAGCCAGGUCCAUCCCUGCUCCAUAUGCUGGCUGUGAGUGGUUUCUAUUUAAACCAAGUUUCUCAUUUCCUCACCUUUUAUUCUCUAAGAAUUCGGAUUCAUAGACAUUGACAUCCUGAAGAACUGUGAAGAAAGCAAGAUAUGUUUCCUUCCUCUGCAAAAGAAAUACUAACAACACUUUUCUUAUACACUUGGGCAGAAAGAUGUUAACAUAAAAAGUUUAUAGACCUCAAAAAUCACUAAACUUUCCAGAUCUCUGUGCUACUAUUUGUAACAUAAGGGGCAUUGGAUAACAUGAUUUCUAAGGUUCCUUUUGCUUCCCAAAUUCUCUGAUUCUAAAGCAGGUUUUAGUUUGCUCUUUGGAAACAUGUAUGCAUAUGUGUUUAUUAAGCCUAUUGAACUAGGUAGGACAUAUAAACAAUUUAACUUUAGUGUCAUUGUUUAAUCACAGACAUAGUGUUUGAAAACUGUGUUUUAAAAACAGAAACAGAUUGAUGGGUAACAGGUAAAAUCAUAUGACAUGUAUAGCUUACAUGUAAUUAUUUGUUAAAUUUUCUUUGUAUGCAUUUGAAAAUCUGGGUAUACAUAUAAUCUAUUAGAAGUAAUGGUUAUGGACUAAAAGGAUAUGUUCUUUAGCAUGUUAUAUAUACUCAUAUUACAUAGCACCUAUUUACAAAAGGCUUAUAAAAAUAAAAUGAACUAUCAGUUACAUAGAA